AUGGAUGUUAAGUCUGCCUUUUUGAAUGGAGAGUUAAAUGAAGAAGUAUACCUGGAACAACUUGAAGGUUUUCAUAGAGGAAAAGUGGAUAACACUCUUUAUGUCAAGCUUCAUCAAGAUCAGUUCCUUAUUCUUCAAGUCUAUGUUGAUGACUUUAUGUUUUGUGGCUCAAAUACAUCUUUAGCCUCAGAGUUUGCCAAUUUACUAAAAACCAUAUUUGAAAUGUCUCUUUUGGGAACUCUUAGAUACUUCUUAGGUCUUCAAAUUCAUCAAACCUCCAAAGGAAUUUUCAUCUCUCAACAGAAAUAUGCCACUAAGUUGCUUACAAAAUUGAAUAUGACUGAGUGCAAAUCUGUUUCAACCCCCUUAUGCCCUAAUUCCAAGCUGUCUCUUAAGUGUACCACAGAAUCAGUUCCCUCUACUCUUUAUAGGUCUAUCAUUGCUAGUCUAUUGUAUCUCACAACUUCAAGACCUGAUAUCAUGUAUUCUGUGGGGUUGGUAGCAAGGUUUCAAAGCAAUCCUAGACUCUCUCAUCUUCAGGCUGCUAAAAGGAUUCUGAGAUAUGUCAAGGGUACUAUUUCUUAUGGUCUACAUUAUAUCUUCUCAUCCACAUUGCCUAUUAUAGCCUUUUUAGAUGCUGAUUGGGGUGGAUCCUUACCUGACAGAAAAAGUACAUCAGGCUAUUGCUAUCUUCUUGGUUCCAACUUAGUCUCUUGGUUAAGCAAGAAGCAGGAUACUGUGUCUCUGUCUAUUUCAAAAGCUGAAUACAUAGCUGCUUCUCAGGCUGGUUCCCAACUUCUCUGGAUACACACUACUUUUGCUAAUCUUGGUCUUCAAUUCUCAGGUCCUCCUAAACUCUACUGUGAUAAUCAAAGUGCCAUUGCAAUAAGCAAGAAUCCCACACUUCACUGGAAGAGCAAACAUAUUGACAUCAAGUAUCACUUUCUUAGAGACAAAGUCCAGAAAGGCCUCAUUGACAUUACUUAUUUACCAACUGAAAAUCAACUGGCAGAUAUCAUGACCAAACCUCUUCUCCCUCAACGAUUUUCAACCCUUAGAGCUCUUCUCAGGGUUGUUCCACGUCCUUUCUAA